CCCAAAAUCAAAGAAAUCAAUUUCUCUCUCAAACAAUUCACCCACCGGCCAUAAGGGAAGCAAAAACAAGCCUAGACCGAUGGAAGGGGAAAUGAAGAACUUGGUCAAGGUAUGGAUCUCAAUUCUAGCAUCUCUGUGUUACUGCCAUUUCAUAGCUUCCAAGAUCCCCAAAGGCAAUCUUAGGCUCCUUUCUCUCCUCCCAAUUAUUUUCCUCUUCACUAUCAUCCCUCUCUUUCUCUCCUAUGUCCUUCCCAUAGGUAUCACUUUCUUGUUCAUCUCUUGGUUAUGCAACUUCAAGCUCCUCCUCUUUGCCUUUGGUCGAGGCCCUCUUUAUUCUGACCCACCAAAAUCCCUUCUCCACUUCAUCCUCACAGCCUCCCUCCCCAUCAAAAUCAGCCAACAUCAAGAUUACCCAUAUGCAAAAACCCCAAAAUUGCCUCUAAAUUGGCCAACCAAAGUUUUGAUCUCAGCUAUCUUGGUUAGUCUCCAUGACCAUAAAGACCUUGUAUCCACAAAAAUUUUAGUAUUGGUUUAUUCUUGUUUGACGUAUUUUCUGAUAGACAUAGUCUUCGGUGUGAGUAAUGCGAUCGUACGUGCCAUGUUGGGGUUGGAGCUCGUGGCACCCUCCAAUGAACCAUAUCUAUCAACAUCAUUACAAGAUUUCUGGUCUCGGAGGUGGGAUCUCAUGGUAUCGGAUAUCUUGCGUGACACCAUAUAUAACCCCAUUAGGUGGUAUUGUGGAAAAGUGUUGGGGGCCGAUUGGGCUCCCUUACCGGCAGUGCUGGUGGCUUUCCUAGUUUCUGGCCUGAUGCACGAGCUGUUGUUUUUUUACAUCGCACGUGUGAGUCCCUCAUGGGAGAUGACAUCCUACUUCGUGUUGCAUGGAGUGUGUGUGGUGGUGGAAUUUUGUGUGAAGAGGACUUCGGUGGGUAAGUGGCGGUUGCAUUGGACGGUGGCGGCACCAUUGACGGUGGGGUUUGUUUUGGCUACUGCUAUGUGGCUGUUUUUCCCUCCGCUGGUUCGGAAUGGGGUCACGGUGAGAGCCAUUGAGGAAUGCAAGGCUUUGCUUGAUUUUGUCAAGAAUUUGUCACACAAAAUUUUCUAGAUCAAUCAUAGGACGAAGAUGAGUCAUUAAUUGAUGAUUUUGAUGUAAUUUUUUUGAGAAAGGAAUUCAAAUUAGAUCUCUAUUUGGGUCAAGGUAGUACAAUGGGGUCAAUUCUUGUAUAUCAUGUCAUCAUAUUAAGUUCAACUCCCCCAUGUAAUUAAUCUUAAGAAUGGUUUUUUUUUAUUAGUUAAGAAUGCUUGUUAACUAUAAAUUUUCACAAUAUGA